GGGCGUGUAACGGCCGUUAGGCGGCCUGAGGAGAGGAUUCGCGACUCGCGCGGACGUGGUGGCCGCCGGCAGUAUCCCGGGGAGGGAUCUCGUCGCCCGCUCUCGGGGCUCUCUUUGUCUCAGGUACUGAUGGCCAUGCAAGAAAAAUAUCCAAAUGACAGGUCUUCUCAUGCUACUUCACCAGGUUCCAAUGUGAUUCAAAAAAGCAGUUCUCUGGGAACUGAAUGGCAGACACCAGUUAUCUCAGAGGCCUUUCGUAGCCGCUUCAGCCGUUGUUCAAGCAUAGCUGACAGUGGGGACACAGCCAUUGGAACAUCAUGCUCAGACAUUGCAGAAGAUUUCUGCAGCUCAAGUGGCAGCCCUUCUUUCCAGCCAAUCAAAAGCCACAUAACCAUUCCAACAGCCCAUGUGAUGCCUUCUACUUUGGGGGCUUCUCCUGCCAAACCAAAUUCUACACCUUCUGGGCCUUCUUCCUCUAAACUCCCCUUGUCAAGCUUGACUGAAGGUGUGGGGAUGACAAGAAAUGGAGACUUCGGUGCAGUGAAACGUUCUCCAGGCCUGUCAAGAGAUUUCAUGUAUCUCCCUAGUGCUGCUGGAGAAAAUGGGAUUCAGCAGUCCUGGUUUCCAGCAGUCGGCCAUGAAAGAGAGGGAGAGUUGAGGAAGUUUGAUAUUCCUAGCAUGGAGUCUACUCUAAACCAGCCAGCCAUGGUAGAGACAUUAUAUUCAGAUCCACAUUUCCGAGGUCACUUCCCCAACCCAAGAUCUGAUGCAAAUAAGGAUGUAUACAAAGUAUUGCCAGAAUCUAAGAAGGCACCAGGCAGUGGUGCAGUAUUUGAACGGAAUGGACCACAUGCUAGCAACAGUGGAGUGCUCCCUUUGGGACUCCAGCCUGCUCCUGGCCUUUCCAAGUCACUAUCCUCUCAGGUGUGGCAACCAAGUCCUGACCCUUGGCAUCCUGGAGAACAGUCAUGUGAACUCAGUACUUGUCGACAGCAGUUGGAAUUGAUUCGUUUACAGAUGGAACAAAUGCAGUUUCAGAAUGGAGCCGUCUGUCACCAUCCUGCUGCUUUUGCUCCCUUACUGCCUACCUUAGAGCCAGCACAGUGGAUCAGCAUCUUGAACAGUAAUGAGCAUCUUCUGAAGGAAAAGGACCUCCUCAUUGACAAGCAGAGGAAACAUAUCUCUCAGUUGGAGCAGAAAGUACGAGAAAGUGAACUACAAGUCCACAGUGCUCUUUUGGGCCGUCCUGCCCCUUUUGGGGAUGUCUGCUUAUUGAGGCUACAGGAGUUGCAGCGAGAGAACACUUUCUUACGGGCACAGUUUGCCCAGAAGACAGAAGCCUUGAGCAAAGAGAAGAUGGAGCUUGAAAAGAAACUCUCUGCUUCAGAAGUUGAAAUUCAGCUCAUCAGGGAGUCUCUCAAAGUGACACUGCAGAAGCAUUCGGAGGAGGGGAAGAAACAGGAAGAAAGGGUCAAAGGUCGUGAUAAACAUAUCAAUAAUUUGAAAAAGAAAUGUCAGAAGGAAUCAGAGCAGAACCGGGAGAAGCAGCAGCGGAUUGAAACCUUGGAGCGCUACCUAGCUGACCUGCCCACUCUUGAAGAUCAUCAGAAGCAGACCGAGCAGCUGAAGGAUGCUGAGUUGAAGAACGCGGAACUGCAAGAGAGAGUGACUGAGCUGGAGACUUUGCUGGGGGACACCCAGGCAACCUGCAGAGAGAAAGAGGUUCAGCUGGAAAGCCUGAGACAGAGAGAAACAGAAUUUUCCUCUGCAAGACAUAGCUUGCAAGAUAAACAGUCUGUGGAGGAUGCGAGUGAAGAAGGUCUCCCAGAGGAAAUGGAAUCCCAGCAAAAGGAAUGUGAUUCCCUCCGAAAGAUCGUGGAGAGGCAACAGCUGAAGAUAGAGCAGCUGCACUCUCAAAUCCAGAGCCUAAAGGAAGAAUUAGCUCAAGAAGAAGGAAUAAGCCAGGCCCUGAGAGAGGAGGCACAGAGGAGGGAGACAGCCCUGCUGCAGAUGCGCACAGCCGUGAAGGAGCUCUCAGUGCAAAACCAGGACCUGAUCGAGAAGAAUCUAACACUGCAAGAGCACUUGCGCCAGGCCCAACCAGGGUCCCCGUCUUCAUCAGAUGCGGCCCCGCUGGCUUAUGAGCUGCACCAGGAAUUGGCCAUUUGCCUUCAAGAUCUGCAAGCUGUCUGCAGCAUUUUGACCCAAAGGGCCCAGGGCCAUAACCCUAACCUCUCUCUGCUCCUAGGCAUUCACUCCACCCAGCUCCCAGGAACUCCGCUAGAUUUGCAGAAGCCAGACGUAAUCAGGAGAAAACUAGAAGAGGUUCAGCAGCUGCGUCAUGACAUCGAGGACUUAAGGACCAGCCUGUCAGACAGAUAUGCCCAGGACAUGGGAGAAAACUGUGCCACACAGUGAGGAGUGCCAGGGAGGACCUGGCUGCUACUAGCCUCGUCAGAAGGUUCCUGCCUGACAGUCCUGCCUGCUGCUGCACGCAGAGGGGAGCCUGUGUCUUGGUCAGGGCUGAUGUGAAGAGUCUGCCUGUUUUGCUGUACACUGGCUUUGCCUUACUGGGUUAUGUUUACCUGUUACCUUACUCUCCAAGGCUGAGUUACUAAUUAACCUUUUUGCAGAUUCAACUGAUAAAUCAGAAGCAAACAGGCUGCUCACCUCCCUCUCCAUCCUCCAGGACGAUCCAUGUUCAUUCCUGCGCCACACCUUGGUCCUGCUGAUCCUCUACUAAGAUAGGCCUAGGAGGUUAGGUAGGAGUAGCAACCUUUUGAGGAUUCUCGGGCCUCGUGUGUCAGCCUUCCUGGGAAAUCAGCUGGCUUUCUGGGUUUUCUCAGGCACCUGCUUCCUCAGGACUGUUAUUCCCACAGAGGCCUCAGGGUUUUCUACCCCUUAGCAAAGUCCCCCUAGGAUUGCUGGCUUAGGGACUGCAGCAGGGCUCCUCAGCCUGCCUGCUGUGCUGUCUUUUACAGAAAGCUGUGUGCCCCUGGAGCCCUGGCAUGUGGUCAGCGUAACCUCCUUCACUCGGGCCUUCCAGGUAGCCGCCUCAUUUGGGCUAAGUGCAGACUCCUCUGGUAUUGCCCUGUGGUUCCCAGGUUGGAUAGUCAUUUCCCCAGAAGACCACAGGGCAAUUGUCAAGCUGUUCACCCUUUCCCAAGGUUAGGGCUGUAACUAGCCCUGAUUUGUGCCUCUUGUUUGGGGUUGGGGGGAAUUUCCUUUUCCCUCUCUGACUCCUUGAGAGUUCAGAGCUUCUAGUGUGGGUCAUCUCUAAAAUAAAAGUGUUCAGUGUUUCCUGAGGUUCUGUGUUUCAUGAGGGCCUUUGGACCCUCAGCUUUUUGGUUUUUCUUGCCUCCUGAUUUAGGGAUGGUCUCAGUUUUAUCUGGUUGUUGGGCCAGCCCUGAACCUCUAGUUUGAGGGUUUCAGAGGCAGCCAUGACAGGACUUUUGCUUGUUGAAAGGUUCCUGGACCUCCAGGGCUGGCCCGAGUGGCCUUCUUUUUUUUUUCCUACAUUUUGUGUUUUAUUUAUGGAUGGCUUACCUUCAGAGUAGCCACAGCUGGCUGGAUACCUCAGCCUCUGGGCUUCUGCCUCCUAAAACCAGAGCUGCCUGGUUGGUGUCCACCUCUACGUCAUUGGGAGCCCAGCCUCCAUGCUCACGGGUAUUUUUUUUCUUUGUAAAGUUUAUAAAGUUAUUUAUAUGAAUCUUUGUUAUGUCAACUGGUUUGUAUUGCCUAUUUUGAUUACAGAAUAAAACA